AUCGGGAACCACAGGCACACUCUCAUUGUCCUUGCCCGAUCAUGCUACUUCUCUUGGCCCAACAUGGGCUCAGUGUUGGAUCAGAAUUCUAGUGCCGUGCGCAAGCGUAUUCAGAACCAUCAAUUCGAAGAUGAGGGUGGCGAAGAAUACGAUGCCUCCACCUUUGGUGGCUUCAGCGAUUAUAUGCGCAGGAAGAAGCUCAAGCUGCAGAAUUUGGACGCUGAGAUACGCUCCUCUGCUUCUGAGAAUCCCCCCAUCUUUCGAGGCGUCGUAGCGCACGUGAAUGGCUACACCCAACCGUCUCUGCAGGACCUUCAUAAAUUGAUUGUCAGCCAUGGCGGUGGUUUUCUCCAGUACCUGAGCGGCAAGACGGAUGCCACUCACAUCAUCGCCAGUUCACUGACCCCUAAGAAACGGGAGGAGUUCCGAAGAUAUCGGAUUGUGAAACCAGCAUGGGUAGUGGAGAGUGUCCAGGCGGGUCGCUUGCUCCCCUGGGAUCAGUUCCGCGUCGUUGACGAAGGACAUGCACAGAAAGUCUUGAAGUUCGACAAUGGGCGUAUGCUGAGCCAAACCAACACUUCACAGGCCGGCUAUCGGGAGCAGAGCAGGAAUAGCUGGUAUGCCUCUCAACUUCAGGCAACGGAGGCAACUAGUCCCGUGAGGUCUCCUUUGGGGCAGCCUGCGGGUUCAGCAUCGACGGAGACACAACCGAACUUGGCUUCCCAGUCGGACUAUGGCGAAUUUCCUAGCUUUUCGAUGGACGAGACGGGCAAUCCUCUCCCUGUCUCGCAACAAACCAAUGUACUAUCUUUUCCCAGGGAUCCUGAACCUAAAAAGGACGACCCAGGCAAUGAUAUUAUUCCUCCCCGUUCAAAUAUCUCGCAAAAAACAUCCCCAUCGGCUCAACAAGCUAGUCCCUCGAAACCAGUUUUGACGUCUGAAGAAUACAAUGCUCAACUCUUGACGGAUCCCCGCAUGCGCAACUCCAGUGUAGUCAACCCGGAGUUCAUCCAGCAAUACUACAAAGAGUCACGUUUGCAUCAUCUCUCGACGUGGAAGGCGAAUCUUAAAGCCCAACUCCAGUCGGCAGCUGCGGAGAAGUCGCAAUCCCAGUCCAAGCGCGCGAAACCUGUUCCCGGCGCCAGACGAUAUAUCAUGCAUGUGGAUUUUGAUUGCUUCUUUGCCGCUGUAUCGACAUUGAAACACCCUCAUCUGGAAGGAAAGCCGGUGGCGGUGGCACAUGGCGCUGGGUCGGGCUCUGAGAUCGCAAGCUGCAACUAUGAGGCACGUGCGCAUGGGAUCAAGAACGGAAUGUGGAUGAAAGGCGCUUUGGAAGCGUGUCCUAGUCUACAGGUCGUACCUUAUGAUUUCCCGGCAUACGAGGAAGCGAGUCGAAAAUUCUACAACGCCAUCCUCGCCAUAGACGGCAUUGUUCAGAGUGUGAGCAUCGAUGAAGCGCUUGUCGACAUCACCAUGCAAUGCUUGCAUGCUGGAGGUUCGGAUGGGAGAGGUGUUUCUGAAGGGUCUAUCUACCGGGAACAAGCCAAAGCCGAUGAGAUUGCGCAAGCAUUGCGGACAACCGUAAAGGAACAAACGGGCUGCGCAGUCUCCGUGGGCAUUGGUGGCAACAUUCUCCAGGCUAAAGUAGCCUUGCGCAAAGCGAAACCGGCGGGUCAGUCUCAGCUGAAGCCUGACGAAGUACUAGAUUUCAUAGGGGGUCUGACGGUCCAAAGUCUUCCGGGCGUCGGUCAUAGCAUGGGUGCGAAGUUAGAGGAGCUAGGCGUCAAGUUUGUGAAAGAUGUUCGGGAGUUGACUCGUGAAAGGCUCACAUCCAGCUUGGGUCCCAAGACAGGCGUCAAGCUUUGGGAGUAUGCGCGAGGCAUCGAUCGGACCGAGGUCGGCAACGAGACGAUACGCAAGUCCGUCUCUGCCGAAGUCAACUGGGGGAUUCGCUUCGUCAAUCAGAAUCAGGCCGAGGAUUUUAUCCGAUCAUUGUGCGAUGAGUUGCACAAGCGACUAGUCGAGAACCUCGUUAAGGGCAAGCAGUUGACGCUCAAGGUGAUGCGGAGAGCAGCCGACGCGCCCCUGGAAGCUGUGAAGCACCUGGGACACGGCAAAUGCGACAUUCUCAACCGAAGUGUCAUGCUCGGCGUAGCCACCAAUGCGUCUGAGGUUCUUGGGAAGGAGGCCGUGGCCAUGCUUCGCAGCUUUGGCAUCUCACCAGGUGAUUUGAGAGGGUUGGGGGUACAAAUGGCCAAACUCGAGCCGCUCAAGUCUGGGUCUCCUCGCAAGCCCGACGGCAGCCAGCAGCAGCUGAAUUUCAAGGCAUCGCCCAUCCGCAGAAGCAUCGAGCGACCUGAAGACCCGGACGACGUGGAGAGUCCUCGGCGGGGCGAGUCCGAGACCGUCCGGUCCGUCCCCUCGAUGCACGAGAGCGGCCACAAGCCAUUGAACAUAUCAGGAACGCAAUUCAUCCUGCCCUCGCAGAUUGACCCGCAGGUCGUCGCCGCACUCCCCAACGACAUUCGCUCGAAACUGGUAGCCCAGGGCCGGUCUCGCCGCGACACGCGGUCGACCUCGCCCUGUCCGCCCACUCGCACGCGCCGACCCAUAGGGGGCGCAGAGCUGCCUCCGCCGUCACAGCUCGACCCAGAGACGCUUAUGGCGUUACCAGAGGACGUCCGGGCCGAAGUACUAGGUUAUUACACCCGCGACUCCAGCGACCCGGACAACCAAACCCCCGAACCGUGGACAUCAGCACCUACCACCACCGCAACCACCAACCCUCCCCGCCCAACCUCCUCAUCCUCAAGCUCCCUCAAACUCCGCAAACCCACCACGCCCACCAAACGCCGUCGCGGCCGUCCUCCCAUCAUCAAAUCCAGUCUAGCCACGACCCUAACUCAAGCCAAAUUCGUCCGCCCGAACCCGCCACCACCAUCAGCUUCAGCAUCAACCACCACUACCACCACCACCACCGACCCUCAAGCAACAGAAGUCUCCGCCGACUUUCUAGCAGCAUUACCCGAAGACAUCCGCCAAGAAAUCCUCGAAGAACAGCGUCGAACCCGUCUGCUGCAACGCCCAGCCCUCCACCCUUCAACCCACGCACGACCACCGACAACAAACAACAAUGCCCCUCCACAACCUGCCCGCGAGAAAACAAUCCCCCUCCCCCCGCUCCCCGCACGCCCCACCUUCACCGCCAACCGCCUAACUUCCCUCCCGGACCUCCGCAACGCCCUGAAAGCUUGGUACACCGCUUUCAACCCCAGCCCUGAUCCCAACGAAGAGGACGAAGCAGACGAAAACGAAGAGGAAGAAGAAGAAGAAGAAGAAGAACCAGGCCCCUUCGACGAAGACAUCCUCUCGCUAGCCCGGUACCUGAAACGGGUUGUCCUGGACGAGCGGGACCUCGAUAAAGCGGUCGCCGUCGUAAGGUGGUUGAUCUGGUUGGUUGAGAAUGAUUACCCGGGGGUCACGGCUGAUACUACUGGUACUAGUAAUGGUGCUGGCGGUAGCAGUAGCGGUAGCGGCAGCGAUGGCCCGGCGAGUUCUGCUCACAGUAGCGGGGGCGGGAGCGCCAGCGGUAGCGGUCCCGGGUUUGGGUUUGGGUUUGGGAGCUCUCAGGAGGAAGACGCUUUCAAGACGCCCAGUCCGAGUGGCAAGAUCUCCCGGCCGGAGGGCGAUGGGUCCCAGCGGCAGCGGCAGCGGAAGCAGCAGCGGAAGCAGCGGGUCGGGAGGAGGUGGGGGGUUGCGGUGAGGAUGGUGAAGGAGAGUGUUCUGGAGGCGGUUGGGGAGAGGGGGUUGGGGGUGGUUGAUUUUGAAUGA